UGCGCGUGGUUGGUAGUGGCCGCUAUAUUGAACAUAAAUAUAAUAUAAUAAAUGCCGGAAGGCCAGAAAAGUGAUGUGGACACACAAUCGCAAAGUAAAAUUAAAACAGACAAUGAUGAAAAAGCCAGUGAUGUUCAGGAGCUCGUGGAUCUUGACAAUGUUUUGACCAAUGAGCUGGGGCAGUUUGGCUGGUUCCAACUGCGGAAUAUUCUUCUGGUUGCUAUACCUAUUGUGAUGGCUACUUUCUCUAACGAGUAUGUCUUCUCAGCAGCUGAAACACCUCACAGGUGUCGAAUCCCAGAAUGCGGUGAAGUUGACAAAUUGCAUACCUUUAAACCAGAAUGGAUCUUAAACGCCAUACCAACAACUGAUAGUAGCUGCCAGAGAUACUCUCCACUUAAUCUUGAAAGUAACGGAACCUUGAAUGAUUGUCCUGCCACUAUUUUUAAUGAUUCCUCAGUUAUAGCUUGUGAUGAAUUUAUUUACGCCAAAAACAAUACAGUCGUGUACGAAUUCGAUCUUGGAUGCCAAGAAUGGUUACGAGCUCUCGCAGGCACAUUGAAUAGUAUAGGCACUUUAUUAGUGUUACCUAUCACUGGCUACGUUUCGGAUCGCUUCGGCCGAAGGUUCGCCCUCGUCAUCAGCGUUCUCAACUUGGGCACUAUUGGUCUCAUUAGAGCAUUCUCCGUCAAUUACCCAAUGUACCUGAUACUUCAAAUUCUGCAAACAACUUUGGGGGCCGGUGCUUACAGUACGGCUUACAUUUUUGCUACGGAGUUGGUUGGCCCAAAGUAUCGUGUAAUCACAAGCGCUACUUCAUCCUCCUUAUUCGGGCUUGGUCAGGUGAUUCUCGGUGGUGUAGCCUGGCUGAUAUCACCUUGGCGUUUAAUGCUAAUGGCUUUACAUAUCCCUUGCUUUCUGAUAAUAUCAUAUUACUGGAUACUCUCCGAAAGUGUAAGAUGGCUACUUUCGAAAAAUAAGUACUCAGAAGCAAAAAAAGUAUUGCAGACUGUUGCGAGACUAAACAAAACAAGUAUCAGUGAGAAAUCCUUGAAUGCUUUAUUAAAACCAUCAGAAUCUAAACCAGAAGGUCCUGGAUUAGUACGUACUAUAAUAACAUCUCCAGUUUUGUUAAAACGAGUGUGCACAACACCUGUUUGGUGGAUCACUGCAAUCUUCGUCUACUAUGGAUUAUCCAUCAACUCCACUGGGCUCUCGGAAACCAUGCAUAUGAACUAUAUUUUGACGUGUGGAAUAGAAAUUCCAGGGUUCUAUACAGCAGUGCUGAUUUUGGACAGAAUUGGCAGGAAAGUAACCAUAUCUUCGUGUUACCUUAUAUGUGCCAUAUGCAACAUCGCCUUUGUCUUUAUUCCUAGUCAGUUGACCGCACUUCGCCUGAUAAUAUACUUAUUGGGAAAGUUCAGCGUGUCGACAGCAAUGACAUCUCUGUACUUGUUCACGUCGGAGUUGUACCCGACAGAGUACAGGCACACGUUACUCGCCUUCUCCUCCAUGGUCGGUCGCAUAGGAUCGAUUACAGCUCCACUAACACCGGUGCUUAAGGAGUAUUGGCACGGCAUCCCUUCACUCAUGUUCGCCGGCAUGGCCAUCCUGUCAGCACUGCUAGUGUUCACGCAACCGGAGACGCUGGGCACGAAACUACCGGACACCUUAGCUGAGGCCGAAGCCAUUGGGAAACCACUGAAUGCAGAAUCUGAAAAGAAAUAAACACAUAUUAUCAAACUUACUUAUAUAGGAGAUAUUGUGUUGCGGAACCUAUAUUUAUUGGUAAUGCAAUUUAAAGAUGAAUGUAAAUUUAUAGGAGUGAAUAGUUUCAAUUCAGUUGGUUGCGGUAAAUCAUGACCGCAAGGUCACUCGUGUAGUUAAUUGUAUGAAACUAAAUGUAAUUAUAAAAGGUUUGUGCACGCGUGAUUUGGAACGAAAUGAGAAUUCACUUGUUCUCUUGUGCCAAACUAGGAUUAAAGAAAAUUAUCAGUUCUGUCUCCAAUUUUGGCAGAUAUAUUUUUUCUACAAUGUACUGAGUAAAGAAUAAUGUAGAAACUAAUAACAAACUAAAGUUGCGAUAUAUCUCGUAUGUGUCACAAAAAUAA